AAUAAUGGAUUCAGGUGUUCCAAUCACCACCAUGGCCACGGGUGUAAAAAAUCAAGCACCUAAGCAUGCAGACUGCUUCCACAAACAUUUGUGAAAGAAUUGGUUGUUCUCAGGAGCUCAGUGAAUUCAAUCAUUGUACCGUGAUAGGUUGUCACCUGUGCAAUAAGUCCAUCCGUGAAAUUUCCUUGCUACUAAAUAUUCCACGGUCAACUGUUAGUGGUAUUAUAGCAAAGUGGAAGCAACUGGGAACAACAUAAGCGUAGCCACGGGACCCUAGAGCAGUGGAGACGUGUUCUCUGGAGUGACAAAUCAUGCUUCUCUGUCUGGCAAUCUGAUGGACGUGCCUGGGGUUGGCAGUUGCCAGGUGAACAGUACUUGCCUGACUGCAUUGUGCUAAGUAUAA